ACAAGCUGCAAUGUGUGCUCCUCCUAUCACCACCUGACCUCCACACACACACACAUACUCGUUCGUUCUCAUCGUCUCCCCCACCACUACUAUACGACACCGCACGGCGCAACGACAAGAGCUAGCGAGGAUUGGAGCUGAGCUCAUCAGCUAAAGCCUAAAGCUAGCUAUUAGCUAGCUAGCCUGCACCAGCUGCUGCGCGUGUGCAUGCAGUGCAUGGCGCAGGAGGGCUCCGAGGCCUCCGUCGCCAGCUCCCCGCCGCCUCCACCGCCGUCGGCCUCCUCGUCCACGUCCUCCGCUGCCGCCGUGGCCUCCUGGUGGCGCGACAGCAUGCACCCGGCUGCCUACGGCGCGUGGCCGCCCCAGCCCCCCGCGGCGAGGUGGCCCCCGAUGCCGCCGGCGCCGACCUCGCACCACCACCAGCAGCAGCACGGCGGCCGGACGACGACGUCCUCUGGCGGCGGCGGCGGCGCCGACGACGACCUCUCGGCCUCCAACGCCACCAUGACGUCCUUCACCAACACCUCCACCACCAACCACUCCGGCCUCAGCAUGGCCGACUCCGGCGGAGCUGAGGCGGCCGCCGCCGUCGCCGCCGAGAGCCACCUCUGGAACCAAGUCCUCAUGGGCGCCGGCGGCGAGGUUGGAAGGAGCAUGCAGGCCGUGCACGACGCCCACGACGACAGCGAGAACUUCCUCGAGCUGCUCAACUCGAGGACGCUCGCGCCGGAGCUCUUCGCCGAGCCCCCGGCCUGCGACUACCUCAAGAAGAUGGAGUACGGAAGCAGCCACGGCGGCGGUGGCGGUGGCGGUGGUGGGUGGCCGGACCACCAGUUCACGACAGCCGCCCUGGAGAAGCACCUGAGCUCCGGCUACGGCGGCGGCGCGCUCGCGCACCACCAUGCGGCGGCCGGCGGCGGCGGGCCGGAGCGGCUCACGGCGAACCUGUCCGACCUCGUGAGCAACUGGUCCAUCGCGCCGCCGAACCCGUGCCUCGGCGACGCGCACCACCGCGCCGCGGCAUGCGAUAACAACAACGCCGCCGCGGUGGCCGCCUUGGGCCACGGCGGCGCCAAGGCCGGCCUGUUCCUGGAGUCCGGCCCCGGCGGCGGCGUCUGCAAGCACGAGAUGGGCGGCCACGGCCACGGCGCGAUGCUGGAGGAAGCGGCGUCCGGCGGCGGCCAGGAGUUCCUCCGGCCCGCGGGGUACAGCUCCAUGCUCGGGCUUAGCAGCAACAGGAUGUAUAUGGACGUGCCGUGGGGCAACAAUGCCGGCGCGGCGAGGAGCCUGUCGGACCUGAUAUCUUUCGGCGGAGCGCCGCUGGGAAAACCAGAGCAGCCAGCGCCGCCGGCCACGUCAACGAAGGCGCAGGCGGAGUACAAGAAGCAAGGGCACGAAAUCUCUUCGCCGGCGAAGACGAGUAGCGGAGGUGGCAGCAAGGGAAGCUCGGAGGGGAAGAAGAAGAGAUCAGAGGAGCAGCAAGGGUCGGAGGGGAACGCCAAAAAGUCCAAGAAUGAGGCCUCCUCGCCUACGUCGUCUCUCAAGGCAUCGCAGGUGCCGAAAGUGAAGUUAGGAGACAAGAUCACUGCACUUCAACAGAUCGUUUCUCCAUUUGGAAAGACCGAUACUGCAUCAGUUCUGUAUGAGGCGAUAAAUUACAUCAAGUGGUUGCAUGAACAAGUGCAGUUGCUGAGUGAUCCAUACAUGAAGACAAGUAGUAGCAAGGACUACAACGCAUGGGGAGGGUCGGAUAGGAAGGAGAAGUCGGAGACAGAGAUCGACCUGCGAAGUAGAGGCCUGUGCUUGGUACCCGUCUCAUGCACGCCUCAAGUGUACAGGGAUAACAACGGCCCAGAUUACUGGACGCCCCCAUAUAGAAGCUGCUUAUACCGAUGAACUGAUUCCUAGCUAUUUAUUCGAUUGGUUACCUUACUGAGUGGUAAUAAUUUGUGGUGAAUAUAUAUAUUAUUGUUAAAGAAGACACAAAACAUGAUGAUUGAUUAGCCUUAUAAGUUUAGAGUUCAAUUUGUGUACAACCACGAUUUCAUUAUUUAAAUUAAAACCUAAUGUAUCUGGUUAUUAAUUAGAGGCUUCGUGACAUUAAUAAUUUCAUCAUCAUCACUGAUA